GCUGUGCACCAAGGAGGUCCCAACUGAGCGGACUUGAGGUCCCUUCCCCCCCGGUCGGCCUUUGCGCGGACUACCCGUUGAAAGGGACUCUUGUGUGGUCGCCCCGAGGAUUUAACUCGGUGCGCGUCCCACACGAGCUCCCCUUCAACGUUCUCCAUCGCAACCCUUCUCAACGUUGUUGCCCUUUGCUAUUCAAUCUGUUCACCGGUCCCUGAUUCCAUCCGACUCCAUCAUGGAUUACACCGGCGGCACCGCGGAGGCCGAUCAUCUCUGCGUCUUGGUCCACGGGCUUUGGGGUAACCCUAACCACAUGGCCCAGAUCGCCAAAACGUUGCGAGCCAAGUACCCCGCCGAUAAACUUUAUCUGUUGCUCGCCAAGCGCAACAGUGGUUCAUUUACCUAUGAUGGCAUUGAACGGGGCGGCGAGCGUGUGUGUGCCGAGAUCGAGGAGGAGCUGCGCCUGAUCGAAGGGAGAGGUGGCAAGAUUACCAAGCUGAGUAUCGUGGGAUACUCUCUCGGUGGACUCGUCUCCCGCUACGCCGUGGGUUUGCUUCAUUCCAAGGGCAUUCUCGAUAAUGUGGAGUGCAUGAACUUCGUCACUUUUGCGACGCCGCACCUGGGAGUUCGCACCCCGCUGCGAGGAUGGCACAACCACUUGUGGAAUGUGCUGGGCGCCCGUACUCUGUCCAUGUCCGGCCGCCAGUUGUUCACCAUUGAUAACUUCCGCGGCACCGGCCGACCGCUCCUCGCCGUUCUCGCCGACCCCAACUCUAUUUUCCUCGCCGGCUUGAAGCGCUUCAAGCGUCACACGCUUUACACCAACAUCGUCAAUGACAAAAGCGCAGUGCACUACACCACCGGCAUUUCCAAGAUCGAUCCGUAUACCAACCUCGACAGAAUCAGAUGCAACUAUGUCAAGGGCUACGAGGAUGUUAUUCUCGACCCGCACCACCCGGUUGCUCCAAAGCCCAAGGUCGCCGGGCCGACCACUCUCUCAUCGGUUGCCGGCGCCGGCUGGAAGUGGAUUCAACGCGUGCCCUUUGCCCUCGCCCUUGCCAUCUUCGUCCCCAUUGGUGUCAUCGCAUUUCUGUUCAGCUCCGUCGUCCAGACAGUCCGUUCGUCGAAGCGCAUCCAGCUGCACGAGAAGGGUCUCGCGGGCGUGGCCAUCGAUGAGUACCGCGGCCCGUUGUGGAUGAAGGAGAUUCGCGAGGAAGUGGAACAUGUCUAUGAGACGCUCAACAGCUCGCAAGACCAAGAGUACCUGGCGAGCGAGACGGAUGAGGACCUGGACGAUGCCGAGAUGGAUCGCAGCGCGACGCAGCUACUUGCCCGGGAGAGGCGCAUGUCGGUGCCAUCGCAGCCCACGCUCGCGCUGGCACCCUACCAGUUCCAGAUGAUCCAGAAUCUCGACUCGGUCGGCUGGCACAAGUAUCCUGUGUGGAUCCACAAGGACCGCCACAGCCACGCCGCCAUCAUCGUGCGCUGGGAGAAAAAGUCCUUUUCAGAGGGGCAUGUCGUGCUCAAGCACUGGCUGAACGAAGAGUUCAUCGUCUAGACGUGGGGGCUUUUUGCACAUUGGGAGUUGGAGUUAGCGAAGCGUUGACGUUUGGUACAUACCUGCUCCUCUCGGAGAAUAACUAUUAGAUGUACACAGAUUUUCGUUAUUGUAACAUAAUUAAUCGUUGAUCGUUUAAAAUUAUCUC